UUAUAGUAAUUCAGUUUGAUGAAAAAGAUCUUAACCUAUUAAUGAAAGCUUUGAAAUAUUCUCAAAAAACAUAUAAGGUAUCUCUUGAAGUGAAAGAAGCAGCUAUCUGUAUAGAAACUGCUUUAAAUAAAUACAUAAGAGACUAUUCAUCAUAA